AUGUCCCGACCGCUCAACGACGAUGAGGUCCUUAAUGAGCUCAAUAAGAUGGUCGCUUUCAUCAAACAGGAGGCCCUUGAGAAAGCUAGAGAAAUCAGAGUGAAGGCGGACGAGGAAUUUGCGAUUGAGAAGGCAAAGUUGGUCAAGCAGGAGCAACAGGCGAUCGAUGCUCAGUUUGAGAAGAAAAUGAAAGGAGCUGAAAUCUCACAGAAAAUUGCGCAGUCAACACUAACGAACAAGUCACGUCUCAAACUUUUGCACCGCCGCGAAGAACACCUUCAAGAGCUGUUCUCGACUGCUCGAGAGGAAGUGCUCAAGUUAUCUGAAGAUAACAGUCGCUAUGUCCAGUUCUUGGAGGAUGUUAUUGUGCAAGCAUUUCUUCGAAUUUUGGAAAACUCCAUUGUCAUCUAUGCAAGAGCGAAAGACGUCGAUUUAGUCAAACAAGCCUCAGUAUCCGCUGCAAAGACAUACAAAGAAAUCAGUGGCAGGGAGGUUGAGACUCGUGUGGAAGGAAACCUGAAUGACGAUCUUGCUGGGGGAGUGAAACUCGCCAGUAGCACGGGCCGUAUCACACUAAACAAUACGCUCGAUGAGCGCCUUCGCCUGCUGGAAGAUAGGAUGCUGCCUGAAAUCAGGAAUGACCUGUUUGGUGCCAACGAGAAUCGGAAGUUUUACACAUAA